UGACUGUGAUACUAACACUGUCUGGUGUUUUAUGGGAGAAACACAAGGCAAAUACAAUAAUGGUAGUACAUGUAUUUGUGUUUGCAUGUCACAGGGUCAUUAGUGACUUCCAGUCAAGUUUUCUCAGAGAAGUACCAGUAAAAAAAAAGAAAAAAGGGCAUAACACCAAGGUGGGGUUUGAUAUAAAAGCCGAAAUCACUGAAAGCCACCGCAGACCACACAGAAAAAGAUAGGGAGUUGGGUCCUCACCAGCUCAGAACAGAAGAUCAGGAUUCUCAGAGUGUCUGCUGUAGCUGUCAUCUGACCAUCGAUCUCAGCAUGAAACUCCUGUUUGUCUGCAGUAUGGUGCUAUGGGGCCUUACAAUAACUCAGUCUACAGACACCACAACAACAACUGAAACCGUGAAAACUGCAUUACCAACAACAACCACCGGGGGAGCAUCAACUAUGGCUACAGUUACAGCCAGCAUUGCAGUCACCACAGCUCCACAGAAAACAGAGUCAACAGCUAUGCGUACACUAGCUAGAAAAAUGGUUACAGAGAAUACAACCACAAGUGAGCAUGCAGAAAAUACAACCCUGGCAAAUGACACAGCUCAAGUUGAAACAAAAACAACAGCCAAAAGGACAUCUCAGAGAGCGGCAAGGAAAAGCAUUAAAGACACAACAAAUAUUACCAUGGCAAAUAUGACAGUCACAACUAUAGCUACAACAACCACAGCAAAUAUUACAGGCACACCAGACAACCCUGACCACAUGAUGACAACCUUUGCAGUCACUGGAGAACAGACUACAGACACCACAACAACCACCACAGCAGAAACCACAAGUGAGCCUGCAGAAAAAACAACCCUGGCAAAUGACACAGCUCAAGUUGAAACAAAAACAAUAGCCAAAAGGACAUCUCAUAGAGCGGCAAUGAAAAGCAUUAAAGAUACAACAAAUAUUACCAUGGCAAAUAUGACAGUCACAACUAUAGCUACAACAACCACAGCAAAUAUUACAGGCACACCAGACAACCCUGACCACAUGAUGACAACCUUUGCAGUCACUGGAGAACAGACUACAGACAAUACAACAACCACCACAGCAGAAACCACAAGUCAGCCUGCAAAAAAUACAACCCUAGCAAAUGACACAGCUCCAGUCGAAUCAAAAACAGCAGCCAAAAGCAUGACAAACAUUACAGCACAAACAUUACUGAACACAACCACAGAAGCGGACAACACCUCCGCUACUGCAAAGGCAACCAGUGAAAAAACCAUAGCACCAGAGACCGCCACUUCCACAGCCAUGACCACAACCCUGUCACUGGAGAACAGACUACAGACAACACAACAACCACCACAGCAGAAACCACAAGUCAGCCUGCAAAAAAUACAACCCUAG